AAUCCCUGAGAUACUAUCAGGAAUGUCUUCCUUAAGUGGGAAAGUACAAACAGUUCUGGGCCUCGUAGAACCCAGCCAACUGGGACGCACCCUGACCCAUGAGCAUCUGACGAUGGCCUUUGACAGUUUUUAUUGCCCACCUCCUCCAUGCCAGGAAGCUGCCUCCAGGGAACCUAUCAUGAUGAAAAAUUUAUUUUGGAUUCAGAAAAAUCCUUACUCCCAUCAAGAGAAUCUUCAGUUGAAUCAGGAGGUAGAAGCCGUAAGAGAAGAACUGUUGUAUUUCAAGGCUAAGGGCGGAGGAGCCGUGGUGGAGAACACGACCACGGGACUCAGCAGGGAUGUGCGUACGCUGAAGUGGCUGUCAGAACAGACUGGAGUCCACAUCAUAGCUGGUGCUGGGUUUUACGUAGACGCAACUCACUCUGCAGCAACCAGAGCCAUGUCGGUGGAGCAGUGGCAUGAGAAUGCGGACUCGUGUCGUCCCAGAUCACCGGUUCUACAGAUAGAUAGGACGAAACCUAGAGCAGAGACCAUGUCAGAUGAGACUAUUCUGAAAAGGAGACAGCAGUUGGCAUCCUUUGUGUUCUCUAGUAAUGACUAG